CCGCUGCCGCCGCCGCCGCCGCCGCCGCCGCCGCCGCCAUGGCCCGACCACUGGUACCGAGCUCGCAGAAGGCGCUGCUUCUCGAGCUCAAGGGCCUGCAGGAGGAGCCGGUGGAGGGCUUCCGCGUGACCCUGGUGGACGAAGGCGACCUGUACAACUGGGAGGUGGCCAUCUUCGGGCCCCCCAACACCUACUACGAGGGCGGGUACUUCAAGGCUCGCCUCAAGUUCCCCAUCGACUACCCUUAUUCGCCACCUGCAUUCCGAUUCCUGACCAAGAUGUGGCACCCCAACAUCUACGAGACGGGGGAUGUGUGCAUCUCCAUCCUGCACCCCCCAGUCGAUGACCCCCAGAGCGGGGAGCUGCCCUCGGAGCGGUGGAACCCCACCCAGAACGUCAGGACCAUCCUGCUGAGCGUCAUCUCUCUCCUUAACGAGCCCAACACCUUCUCGCCGGCCAACGUGGACGCAUCUGUGAUGUACAGGAAGUGGAAGGAGAGCAAGGGGAAGGACCGCGAGUACACGGACAUCAUUCGGUGA